AUGUUUGAUUGCGAAGAAUCAGGUCAUAAAUAAUAAGAGGUGAUAUUAGUUUGUUUAAACAUGAAUUGCAAACUUAAAAGAGCUUGUUGUUUAGAUUGUAUUGAAAAUCACAGUUCUCAUAAAUAAGAGUUAAAAACUGUCAAAUAAAUUACAUAAUGGAAAGAAAAAACAAUCUAAAGCUACACAAUAUAUGAAAAAUAGAUAAUGUAAAUUCUAGAAAUAAUGAGUUAAAUUAAAACAUUCUUAAAUUCUUUGAACGAAGACUUUGAAAAAUCAUUUGAAGAAAUUAAAAAUAAUGAGUUUGAAAAAUAAGUUUUCAAUUUAUUAAAAGUCUAAUAGGUAUCAUCACCUUUGAAUUAUCUUAUCUCAAAUAUAGAGACUAUGAUGGAACCUAUUUCUGAAAUAUUCUCUAAAUUUGAUACAAAUUUAAUAGAAGCAUGCAUCUAGGCCUAAUCGGCUUUCAAUAACUCAAUCAAUUAAUUACCAACUAUAGUUCCAGAUUAAAAUGUAUAAUACCAAUAAAUAGUUUAAAAAUAAAUAUAAGAAGAUAACAAAACAUUAACAAACAAUAAAGCUUAAAACUAUUUGGAUUUAUUAGAGAAAACUCAUAAACUAAGGAAGGAGAAUGAUUUUGAUAUAAUUUAAUACCCUUUAUAUCACAUAAAAUCAAUUUUAGAUAUGCAAAAAUAUAAAACUAUCAUUCUAAUUGGAACUAAAGGUUCAGAAAAAUAGCAGCUAAUCAACUUAUUUUUAAAUUACUAUAUAGGUGUUGAGUUUUCAGAUCCAUAUAGAUUUGAAAUAAUUGAUGAUAUCGAUAUAACCAAAGAGACUCAAAAUUGCGAAUAUUAAUUUACAAAAGUAUAUUAUAUUACUCCAUUAAAUGGAAAACCAGGAAUUAGAAUCAUAUAUACAGAAGAUUACAAUGAUGAUUUAAGUUAUGAUGAUCAAUCAAAAUAUAGCAGAAUAUGUGAGAUUAUAUUAAGGUCAGCUUAACUUAAUCAAAAUAUUCUAAUCGGAUUUGUAAUACCAUAAUAAGUUUAAAUAGGCAUGUUAUUUAUGUUGGAAUCUAUUUUGAGUCACUUUUCGAAUUCAUUAAUCAACAAUAUUGUCUUUUUGUUUCCAGAUUGUGUUGAUGAUUAUCCUAAAUAGAAGGAGAUUUUGUAAUCAAAAGCAGAAGUAAUUAGUGGAAUAACAUCUCCUAUUUAUAAUAUGAUUCCAACCAUUAAUAAUUCUUGGUACCUCAAAUUUAAUACAAGUAUUUUAUAUAAAGAAAAUAAAACUAAACAAAAUUAAUUGCUCUGGAAAAUGGGGUAAAAUAGCUUUUAAUUGCUUCUUCAAAAUUACUUGGAAAAUAUAAUAUAAAAUGAUAAAUUCUUUUAAAUGUGGAAGUAAUAAGAUGAAAUUUUAUCUUAUUUUAGAGUGAAUAUUUCAAAAUGGGAUAAAAAUUAGGAAAAAUAAUUGAAUAAAUGGUCUUAUGAUUUAUACCAACCUCGAAUAUUGGAUCUUUAUUAAGCCUAAGAAAAAGCUGAAAAAGAAUUAAGGGAAUUCUUAGAAUUAAAAUGUUAAUUUGAUUAGAAUGAUUUAGGUGAUAGAAAAUAAUAUAUUUAUUUAUGCAAAGAUGCCUCUGAUAUAACCUAUUUUGUAAAGAAUUUUACUCAUGCUGCUCGUUCUGUAAGUGCUUAAUUAGAAAAAUAUAGAAAAAUAGAAACUCCUGAAUAAAUGAAAAAUAAUCUGAUAUAUUUAAAAAAUAGAAUCUCAGAUGAUUUUUUAAACUAAUUUCAGAAUUGGCCGAUUUAUUUCAAGUUAAAUUAAAUACUAAUUUCUAUAAACCCUGGUCAAUAAAAAUAUUAUGAAUAUUUAAUUUCCAAAGAGAAUACUUAAAAAUAAGCAGGUUGGUAAAAUAGAGUAAAAGUAUUAAACGAAAGAUAUAAUUUCUGGAUUUAUUCUGUUGAGUAUUUUAAAGGUUCUAAAUCACCUUAGAUAGAAGAGUUACUCAAUGAAUGGGCUAACUAUAAUUUUUCUCUUGAUAAAUAGUCAAUUAAAAUUUAUAAAGCUAUAAAAUGGAAUAGUUGUUAUGAAAGGAAUUAUUUUUAAAAAGGGUUCAACCAGUAAAAAGUGACAACUUAUGAUGAUUAAUUAUUUGAACAUUAUGAAUUAUAAAGUGUUUAUACGAGAUUAGAUAAAGAUGCAAUAGACCAUUUUAACUAUCACAUUCAAAAUUGUAGCACAAUCUAAAAUGCGAGUUGA